AUGCAGCGUCUCCGGCUAGUACUCCAGAGAUUACAAGAGGUGGGAAUGCUCCUGAAUCCAGAGAAGUGUACGUUUGGUGUUCGUCGCAUUGAAUUCCUUGGUCACGUUAUCGGUGAAGGAAUGUUGUCCAUCAGUGAUGCCCGGAGAGAGGCACUAAUCAAUACUCCAAAUGAAUGGAUAACUCAGUUCGACAUCCCUGAAGUGAUUGGUAGCGACCAAGGACCCCACUUUACCGCGACCGUCUUUGAAGCUACGUGCAAGGAACUUGGCAUCGAACAUGCGCUAGGAAGUCCCGAGCAUCCGCAGUCACAAGCACAAGUUGAGCGACAAAACCAGCUCUUUGCUAACGUUAGAGCGGUAUGUAAUAGGAACCCCGCAAGUUGGCCAAAGGCGAUGCACGCAGUGACGUUUGCCCAUAACACUUCAGCAAACAGGACCACCGGGAUAUCACCGCACGAACUGGUUUUCAAACAACAAGCGAGACGACCGGAAGCAUUCUUCUUACCGGAAGAUUCUGCCGGCUCAGAUGAAGAAUGGAGACCGGAAGACGUGAAACAGGGUGGAGUCGCAGCUCAGGCUCGAUCUGAUGCCAAGAAGUUGGAUGAUGUUUUUCAACUGGUGAAGCGCAAGAUUUCUGUGGAACAGGACAAACGGAAGAAGAGAACAAAAACGGCAAUGAAACGGCCAUUCGAGAUUGGGGAAGGAGUUCGAACUCGUCUCACAGCUACAGAACGGAACAAACUAGGCGGUAAGAAGCUGGCAGAUUUAAAGAGUAAACGAUUUAUAGUAUUAGAGCGCCACGGCAACACUUACAAGCUGCAAGAGGAAAAUAACCCGUCCGGACGUGUGAAACAAAAGCAUUUUAACGAGCUGGAGCCAGCCCCACCACAAGUCCUGUCGUGGGAAACUGAAGAGUCAGAUGACCAGGCAGACAACUAUGAGUCAAGUAGCGAUUCGGAAGGUGAACCACAACCACCAAGGCGCAGCACUAGAGGACGACAACCAACUAAACGUCUUCAGGUUGAUUGGCAUCAACAACAAUACGAACAGAGCGAAGCAAUGGAAAUAAACGAUGAACUGUUGGACUGA